AAGUGGCAGUAAGAAAACCCAGGCACGUUGGGAACACUCCAAGUGUAAGGGGGGGCAAAUCGGGAAAUUCAAGUUUUGGGAAUCUUCUGGAGAGUCUCGACCCCGUCCGGGCCAAACCCUAACCACACAUUGUGUUCCCGGCAACCACGUCAUCCUCCACCACCGAUCAGAACCCUAAUUUUGUUAUCUCUUCUAUUUUAUUCCGUAAUCUCGAAGGCAAAGUUUUAUUUGAUGCCGCCGAAGCAGCCAUCAAAAGCUGAUUUAGCGAAGAAGCAGAAGACCGUAGAGGAUAAAACCUUCGGUCUCAAGAACAAAAACAAGAGCAAAAAUGUCCAGAAAUACGUCCAGAACCUCCAGCAAUCCGUACAAGCCAAGCCUGAUGCUUCCAAACUCGCUGCCAAGAAAAAGAAGGAGGAAGAGAUGGCCAAGGACAAGGAGCUGAAUGAUUUGUUCAAAAUUGCUGUUAGUCAGCCUAAAGUUCCUGUUGGUGUUGAUCCUAAAUCCAUAUUAUGUGAGUUUUUUAAAGUGGGACAGUGUGUCAAGGGGUUCAAGUGCAAAUUCUCACACGAUUUGAAUGUUCAGAGGAAGGGGGAAAAGAUUGACAUUUAUAGCGAUAAGCGUGACGAGGAAACAAUGGAGGAUUGGGAUCAAGAGACCUUGGAGAAGGUAGUGGAGUCAAAGAAAACCGAGUAUAAUCAAAACAAACCAACUGACAUAGUGUGUAAAUACUUUUUGGAAGCAGUGGAGAAGAAGCAAUAUGGUUGGUUCUGGGCCUGCCCCAAUGGCGGUAAGAAUUGCCACUAUAGACAUGCCCUUCCCCCUGGAUAUGUUUUAAAAUCUCAAAUGAAGGCUCUAUUAGAGGAGGAAAGUGAAAAAAUAACAAUAGAGGAGGAGAUUGAAAAUCAGCGUGCCAAAGUGACAACUACAACUCCUAUGACUCCUGAGUUAUUCAUGCAAUGGAAGACGAAGAAGAUAGAAGAGAGAGAUGCCAAUUUGGCUGCACAACAGGCAGAUAGGGCUAAGAAUGACCGCAUGAGUGGCCGGGAGCUCUUUUUGUCAGAUGCUAGCUGGUUUGUGGAUGAUGAUGAAGCAUAUGACAAGUACCAAAGAGAACCAGAAUCUGAUGACGCCGAACAAAAUGUGAAUGGUAAUGCUGCUGAAGAUGGUCCCAGCGCCUCGACAGUUAAUGCUGAUGCUGAAGAUCCUGAUGUUGAUGAUGAUGAUGAACUGGACAUGGACGAGUUAAAUGAAUUGGAAGCAAGCUUAUCAAAGACAUCAAUCCAAAUAAAGGAGUAAGGAGCUGAAGAUUAAUUCUGAGAAUUAGUUUGUAACCUACAUGUGAUAUUUUUAUGCCUCUGCUUCACACUAGAGCACAUGCCUGUAGCCAUUGGCUCUGCUUUCAAGGAAGUUUUUUCAAUGAAGCCUUUAAUGAUAUUACAUUUGGUAUGAAUAAUUGCCAGUGUGAUAUAAUUCAAGUUGGACCUACUACACACAUUUUUGUUGUUUGAACACAAGGUUGUCUCGAGUUGUUUGAAUCUAAUUUUGUUGAUGAGUUUUGCUAUCUCUGCAUAGGGAUCUUCCACAU